CAGAGCCACAGUCCCAUAAUCAACUCCGCACAGACGGCUCGCGCGGGGCCGCGCACGCGCUGGACACUGAUAAGAAAACUGCAAGACCAAGAGUUAUAUUUAGGCUAAACUUACAUUAAUGUCGCUUUUAUUACAGACGACGGGAAGACGAAGGGACGCUCUCGUGCUACACAUGGACCAUCUUCAAAUUGGAAAGAUUUUUUAAUAUGUAGGCGGUGAUGUGGAGUUAAUAACAAGUGAGGAGUUAAUAGCCUACCAAAAACAAAGGGACCGAAGGCGCAUCACUUUAUUUUUUUUUUUAAUAAUUUUUUAAAAAUACCAUAUUUUUUAGUCCUGUUUCACUUUUAAUACAUUUUAUGCAACCAUUGUAAUACAUUUUCAAUAGCAUGCCUGAACAGGUAUUUUAGAUCGCCGCGCUCUCACAUAAAGACGUCUUUAUUGGACUAAACCAUGCAAAUGAACGAUUAAAUAAACGCCAGCUGAGGAAUCCGGGAUCUCUGCGCUUCGCCUGGAAACAAACCUCUUCGCUUUAAUCCGCAAACCACCUUUCAAAGGACUUCAAAUGGGCCACUUGCUCCUCAGAAGAGAGAGUCAUUCUGCCGUGGAGGGCAAUUUGAAUGUUUGCGCACUGAGAGGAAUGUCGAGCCUGCAGAGCCGCUGAGGGACUCAGACUGCUGCUUAAUUAACCCGAUAUUUGCUCGCGAGUCGGAGCCCGGUGCGGAGCGUCUCUCGCGCGUCUCUCUAAAUGCGCGCUGUCCCGCGGAGCCCCGCAGCGGCACGGCAGCAUGAUGAGAUCGCGGAUCCCGCUCCUUCUCGCGGUACUUGCGGCGGCGUGUCUGCGGUUUGGCAGUGCGGAGGCUGAUCCUCUCCCGGCCGCUGUGGUUGAGUUGGUGAAGGGUGGAUCUGUGUCUUCUAUUCAAGAUCUGCAGUUUUUGCUGUUCUCCGAAUCUAUAGAGGUUGAGCCGAACGGUCACCAUGACAACGACACCAGCAACCGUCUGCCACGCAGCCUUCUGGACGCUCAGCCGGCUCAGCAAGCCAUCUGUAAGGUCAGGACCGAGGUCAUCGAGGUCACACGCUCCAUGUUGGACCGUAGCAAUGCAAAUUUCCUGCUGUGGCCUCCGUGUGUGGAGGUGCAGAGGUGCUCGGGCUGCUGUAACACCAAGAGCCUGCAGUGUGUGCCUGUACUCACACACACACGAUACCUGCAGGUGAUGAAGAUACAGUAUGUGAACAAACGGCCGCUUUACGAUAAGGCGGUAGUCUCUGUUCUCGACCACGUGGAGUGUCGCUGUCAGCCGGCUCCUCGGCCCGCUCAGCGCCGGAAAUCAGCCGGCAACAAACAAGAGGGACGGGAGCGCUCUGGGAAACCUCGACCCAAAGAUGAGCUCCAUCGCAGGGACGAACUCAAACACAACCAGAGGUUAAGUCUGGAGGACCUUUUCGGCCACAGCUGGCUGCCCAAAGAGAGCUUCUCCGAGCCAGGAUUCGGCCGGGACGGCUGGGCUCUGAACGAGACGCAGUACGGAGGGGGCAAAGGUCAUCACCGUCACCCUGGGGACGGAAGGAGACACGGCAAAACAAAUGACACAGUUCCACUGCCGAAUCACACCGAGCAGGAAGAAACUGACUUGUCAUCGCGCAACGUUACGCGAUUCGAAUCGCUGAGUAGCGCUAACCAAAGCAUAACCAAUCAGACUUCUGAUCUUACCAUGACUACACUGGAUUUGACCAAUCAGACUGCAAUGCACCGGUCAAAUCUAACGCAAGGAAAUCAGACAGACCAACCCGCCUCUAACGCCACAGGGACAGCCGAUCAGAAUCGAGGAGAUGUGUUUCUGUCUGUAGAGGAGAGCGGUCAGAAGCUGAGAGGUCAGACUACGGACGUGGAGGUGAAGGAGGAGGAGCGAGAGCAGAGACAAAUGGACAAAAAGACCAAGGAGGAGGAAACGGAAGAGCUGCUGCUAAUGCACAAAAACAUGGAUGAAGAAAAACACAAACAUCACCUCAAAGUACAGCACAAGAAUAUACAGCCGGACGAGAAACUACAGCAGCUCCAUCACAAACAACUCACUCAUACAACAACACAGAGGACAGGAACUACAUCUGCUCCCGCGCAACGCCUCCCUCCCCACAAACCCCCCAGACCACCUCCUCACCCCCCGAAACGGAGGAGAAAGCAGCGCAAUCGCAUCAGCAAAUCAGCCAUGAGAGCCCUGCUCAUGUAAAUCAAACAUACACGGAUAAAUAAUCAGAUGGAUGCAAUCUCUCCCAUAAGAAUUAUUAUUUAUGUAACCGGCGUGUCCUGGGACGUUCAGAAAUAUGGCACUAAUCACUUUUCACAAAACAGCUGCAGCCAGGCCAUUCUCACCUCUCACAAACUUCCUAAUCUCAUUCUCUGCUCAAAGCCAUGCGGACAAAACCGGUCCUGACACAGAAGAUGUUUCAUGGAGGAUGGUUCGGCUUCUCUUUGAAAGGACACUCAACUUUUCAGGUUCUGGAGUGGGACUUGGCAAUAAAUCCAGAAGUUCAGGACAUCAGAAGGGUGAAAUAUCUUUUGAACGCUGAACAGAAGAACCGUACGUCAGGGGGUCAGUUAAAUAGCCUGUUCGCCACAGAACUGCCAAAAUGUGGAAGAGAACGGCUUGAAAAGACCUUGAUAAAAUUUCCUUUAGUCACUCACCUUAAGAAACAAACCGGCAGUUGCUCCUGUGCUGCAUCUAUCACUUAGAGUCGCCCCAAAAAGCGGUUGCCAUGUUCAUUUUGGUUAUAAAGCUGAGGCUUGUAUUUGAUGAAAUCAUUAAAAAAAGAAUUAUUGUUGUUUAUCUCUUAAUUCAGUAUUAUCAAAAAAAAAAAAACCUUGAAAAAGCACACUCCAGGAAUGCAAUCAAAACAUUCUGUUGUCAUUGUUUUGUCAUAUUUCAAACCAUACGUUUUGCUUAAAACAGACAAACGCAAAGAACUCUUGAAAACCUUUGUAUUUUAAUAUAUUACCAGUCAAAAUCACAAAGUACCUUUGCUUUAAGUUGUUUUCAGUCUCAUUUGUUAUUAUUUAAGCGAUUCUUAACACUGGAAGUUCACACAGGAUAAAGCAAGGGAAUGCAUUUCUGUCUCAAUUAAUUCCUCAUACCUCUAAGAGUGCAAAGGUGCUACCUUAUAACACAAAGCAGUAAGAGUUUAUUCAUUAAUAUUAUUUAUUCUUUUGUAAAUCUGUUCUGUUCACAGCAGGGCCGGUGUUUCACCGUUGUCUUACAAAGCGCUCACCAGAAGACCAAAAUGUGGAUUAUUUGUAGUAUGUUCAUGUACAGAUGGUCUGUUUUGGAUUUAUACUAAACGUUGCAGAUUGUGCAGCAUUUGCACUCUUUUUUUAUAAGUAGAAUAAAAUUUAAACACUAACCA